CCGUGCAUUCCCGACGCUAGGUAACUUAUUUUUGACGUCAUGGCUAACGCACCGUCGUCUGCCCCUGUCUUUUUUGGGCCAACUGAAAACCUCAGUGCGGAAGAACGGGCCGAACAACGGCGCCGUGAACAGGCCGAAAUUAUUCGUUGGAAGUAUCGGUAUCAGAAGGUGGACGCUAUCAAACCGGGCGAAACAGUGGAAGCGUACCAGAUACGGUGCCUCAACAAGCGGUUGGUACAUUUGGAGCGCGAAAAAGCUCAGAAAGAGCUUAAACUGAAAAUUUACAAUGCUCCCGUGCAUCGUCGGGAGGCAGAAAUUGAUCGUUGCUGCAUUCUACGCAUGCUGGACGAAGCCGUCCGGUAUGAUGGACAAAUUGAGGCCGCCAAGACGGAUAUGAACGAGCUGAUGUCCCAAAUAAAGCGAGUCAACAGUGAGCUGGAUUCUGCAACCAAAGCAGUCCCUUCGGACUUUGUGUACGGGGAAGCAUUGGAAAAGGCUCGAUCCGAACUCGCUGCCAUCGACAGCCGGCUUCAUAAUGCGCGCACGCUCGAGGGAAAGCUGCACGCGGACAAUCGGAAGCGUCGUAGCGAGAUCGAAAACAUGCUCGUCGAACGAAAGCUGUACAAUCAGCAGUGGCAGCAAUACGUAGCGGAGCUAAACCGGAACAGGAAGUUUCUGCUCGAUAUGAUAGAGCGGGCUACGUUGGCCUUUAACCAGGGUGAGGAUCUGUGCUACAGGAUCGAUUCGCUGAAAGCGCAAGAAACCCGGGAUAAGCGAGCCCGUGUCCAGGAGAUGAUUGAAGUCGAACGGCAAAUUGUGGGCACGCGCCACAUCAACGCGUUCCUGCGCACUAAAGGAUACCAACGAGGCGUUGCAGAGCUGGACGCCAGAUUGGUUCGAAAGCGCAACCUUUUCAAAGCAGCACACCGAGAAAAAAUCGAUCGUUUUGGUGCGAUCAUCAGCAGUACGAUGGAGUACUUGCAGCUGGACGCCAUUCAGGACGUGCUGCUGGAGAUAGAAAAACAGCAGGACAAGUACACCGCACUGUUCCGGUACAUGAACAUAACGAACGCUCAGAUCGAGGAGGCUAAUGGAAUCGCACGCGAUCUCGAGAAAGAUAGCGAACGACUGCAUGAAGGCGAGAAACGCAAAAGACUUUCGGAUGAGAGGACCCUGAAGCAGGAUUUGCAACAGGUGCGGUCCGCCCAGAAGCUCUCGGACGAACUGAGGGAAGAAAUCCGCCGGCAGCAGGACGCGUUGGAAGUAAAGCUUGCCACCGUUGAGCAGGCGCUGUCGGUGGUUGGAUUCGAUCGAGCAACGAUUCUGCAGCUUAUGGCAGCAACAACCAGCUCCGAUCGCAGUCGACUGACCGAUGAGAGUUUGAUGAAUGCCCUGUCGGCCAUCGAGCGGAAGGUACUGCAGUUGGUGCACAUGAGUGCCGAAGGUACGGUCGUGGAGGAGGAUGCGCCCAUCAACACCCUGUACGGAAGCCAACAGUGUGCCGAAUGUGCAGAGGGCCAGGACGUGAAUCAGCACGACGAACGCAUCGUCCUUCCGCAGGAGCAUCCCAAGCUAGUGGAGAACGUGCGAAAGCGUGUUAAUGCACCGGAAAUGCAGUAUCGGCUACACACGCUGAGUCAGUGCAAACUUCCCCGGUCGCGGAUGUUGGUGAACAAGCGAUACCAGUAGCCGAUCGUAACCGAUUGGGUAUGUUACCGUUUAUUAUGUUUCUUUUCCGAGAGGCGAGAGAAUUUUGUAUAAAACUACAUCCCACUAGUUUGUACGAUGUU